AGACCCCUUUAGUGUUGGUUUCACAACCUUGUCCCAAGGAGAGCGUGGCACAGCGGGUUGCACCAGGUAUCCAUUACACCUGCGUGCCGUCUAACCUUUGCUCUGUGGUCAGACUGAUCGUUUUUCUGGGCCAGUGUGCCUCUGAGACAGGUCUCCAGGCAUGAUAAAGUAUGCACAGAUGUCUCCACCACAGGUUGGGGAGCCACGUACGACAGGCUUGCGGUUUCAGGGGUCUGGACGACACCCCAGCUGCAUUGGCACAUAAAUUGCCUAGAACUGUGGGAUGUAUACCUUGCUCUCAUCCGUUUCAGCAACGAGCUUCGAUGUAAAGAUAUAUUAGUUCACACCGACAACACUGCAACGUUGGGUAUAUCAAUCGCCAAGGUGGUUUGCGCUCUCGUCACCUGUUGCAUCUCGACCAUCAUCUUGAAGGUCACUUCAUGCCAUUCACAUCCCAGGGUCGCUCAAUACAGCGGCAGACGUGCUCUCACGAGCAGCGCCCCCCGGCAAGUGGUGACUCCACCCCUUAGUUGGUUCAGCUGAGGGAACACUCAGUGUGGAUGCACUGGCACACAGCUGGCUGCGGGGUUCUGCGCAAAUAUGUGUUUCCCCCAGUGAGCCUUCUCACACAGACACUGCAAAGUCAGGGAGGGUGAAGAGAGCAUUUUACUGGUUGCCCCGUAUUGGACCACCAGGACUUCCCAGAACUCCCAAUCCUUGCGACAAUCCUGUUUGUUAAGUGGUGUUCUUCUCAACGAGAAAAUCCCCAAAAAUGCCCUGUCAAUGUUGUGCUUUUGUAUCUUCAGUUGGAGAGGAUGCUGUUCCCCUCCACCAUUAAAGUAGACAUUACUGCGAAAUCCAAACACCAUGCUCUGAUAAACGGUAAGUUAGUGGGUCAACACCCCAUGGUUAUUAGGUUUUUAAGGUGUGCACGAAGGUUAAAUCCUCCACGGCCCCCCUCUAUUCCUAUACCUGUCUGUGGUGCUGAAGCCUUACAAUACGUUCCCUUUACACCUCUGCAUACUGUGAGUAUUAAGUUUCUUACAAUGAAAACUUUAACGCCUCUGUUAAGAGGAAGUAGAUUGGUCCCGCGAAGGGUGUUCCCAAGUCUCUAUUCACUUCACGAGGUUUACAUACGUAACUGAGACGUUGUGUAAACUAAUUUUUGUUAAAUUAACUCAAAAGUGUAGGGCAACCAGGUAACUUUUUUAAGUUGAGACAACUUUUUUACAGUGUGGCAGGGAAGGUCAAAACUUCUUGAAGGUUCCAAAACCAACUCAGACAUUUUGUUCAAGACAAAUAAGGCAAUCUAUGCUGUCUUAUCACAAAAAAAGGAAGUUGCUGAAAUAAAGUAAAUAUAAAUAUUCUUACACUCACAUCUAGAAACAAAGAAGUGACAUUGAGAGGAGAAAACAGAAUAACAACAGAAGAUUAAACUUGAGCUGGAUAAAAAUCACCCAGGAAUUGAAGAUGAUUUAUCAGUUCACAUUCUUCCUAUUGUUUCUAAGGACUCAAUGUGUAUUUUCUUGGUCUGCUGGGAAAUGUAUCUUUUAUGAUGAUGUGGAAGAAUUUCCUGUUGACAGAUCAUGUAUUGGAAAACCAAACACUGCAUUCUGCAGUCCAGUCACUGAUAUUAAAGAGGACCUCUGCGGACUUCCAUCAAAUUUACAGAACCUCUGCAUUCAUAUGGAUCGUGAUAUGGAGUAUGUGGGUGUCUUCGCUCCAGGCUCGUUUUCACGCUUUUCUUCUCUGAAAUACCUUGAGAUUCAUGGAUGUUUUUACAAGAUCUCUCCAAAAGCUUUUACUGGAUUGUUAAAUUUAGAGUUAUUGCAUUUGUCUUCCACAUUUGUAAAAGUCUGUUGUGAAACAGCCGUUGAUUUCAGUGGUCUUCCUUCACUUAAAACAUUGUUUCUUUCACAAUACAGUUUGUCAUUAAUGGCACCAAAUGUUUUUGAUGCAAUUCCUCAGCUACAGAUUUUAGGCAUGUACAAUGUGUGUUUAAAAGAUCUGUCUGAGAUUCUGUGUCGACUGGGAAAUUUAAAAUCACUCAAAUUGUUUUAUCUUGAUGAGGAAGAUUUAAAUAGUCUUCAGUUCCCAAACUGCUCCAUUUACAACAUCUCUAACAGUUACAUAUCUACUGUACACAAUAUUGAAGACGUCUAUUUGAUUUUGGGAUCAUUAAAUCACAUAGAUGAAGGGGCUUUGAACGUUUUUGGAAAUUUAUCUGAACUGCAAUGUGGUUUUAAAUCAGAUUUUCUCAGAGAUCUUUCUAUGACUGGAGUAAAUAAAAUCUAUAACUUUUAUUUUUCUGUGGAUGUACUUAACGUUGAUGAGUUGUGUUAUGCAGCAAAGUUAUAUUCUAUUAAAUCUAUAUAUGCUUCUUACCGCGUUAUUAACUUGCCAGCGAUGUCUACAAAUAUCACUGAAGACUGUAAGGAGAUUGUAGAAAUUACUCUCGAACUAGACAGAUUUUUUCAAAUUGUACCUUUAGAUGUAAAUUUGAUCUUUCAGUUUUUCAGCAAUCUCUCAACAUUUUAUCUAAGUGAACAAGUGCUCAGUUCAAAUGAUUUUAAAUCUCUUUGUUUAUCCAAUCCACAGUUAGUCAAACAGCUGUCUAUUAUGCGUCUAAACUCAAAUAACAUAAGUAAGAUAAUUUCUCACCAGUUCAUGUGUUUCACAAAUCUUGAGCGUUUGGAAUUAAUUUCAAGUAAUAUUUCCAGAAUAGAAGAUUUUGCUUUCAGUGGAUUAGACAAACUGAAAGAUUUAGACCUGUUUCAAAACAAGUUAUCUUACAUUUAUCAAGACACAUUCAGUGGUCUAUAUGAACUGAUGGUCCUAAAUCUUCAAGAAAACCCUAUUAUUCAAAUUAAAUCAAAUUCAUUUGGACAUCUUAUCAACCUUCGCACACUUCUUCUGGGAGAUUUAAAGUUUCCACCUAACAUGUCACAGGUCAAGCUGAAUUUAUCUGAUAUAUUCGGAAGUCUCCCAUAUAAUCUGAGUCAUGUGUCUAUUAGUUCAGGCUUGAGACCAAUGCGCUUGAUCAUUGGUAAUACUACACUAAAUCAGAGUCUUGAUCUGCAAAUCAAAGGUCAAUAUGUGACAGUUGAGGAUUGUGACAGUCCACUCUUGUCAUCUGUAGUCACACUUCAAAUAAUUGCAGAAUAUGUCAUCUGUGGAAAGGAGUUUAUUGGGAAAUAUGUUAAAUCAGUUGUUAGUCUGGAAUUCAGAUCAACGUUUUCAGACAACAUUGGUGACUUAGCAGUAAUAAAUCAGCUUGUUCAUUUAAAAACCUUAAAGCUGGAAAACACUGAUUUGUCAAAGCAGCCAAAUGUGCCAAUAAUGUUUCACAACUUGACAAAAUUACGAACCCUGAUCUUGGCAAACUGCAGAAUUUUCUUUUUGGAUGGAAGUCUGACAAAGGACCUAAAGGCGCUGACAUCUAUGUUAUUUGUGCCCUGGAAUGAUGUAAAAAUUCUUCAAACCUUUGUUGAACAUCUUACUAGUUUAAAAUAUCUCCAACUCGAAGGGUUGCGAUUGCACUGCAGUUGUGAUAAUGCUUGGCUGAUCUCAUGGAUGAUGAACAACAGGCAGGUUCAGGUUUUUGUGGAUAUGCCCACCAUGGAGGAACUUCAGUGUUUAACUAAGAAUGAAGUUGACCAUCUGAACUUUGUUCAUUACACACAAGACAACUGUUUAUUUGAUAUUGAAUUUGUGCUCUUCGCCUCAACUUCUGCUUUUUUAUGUUUGUUUAUGUUUGUAGUGUUGUCAUAUCAGUUUGUAGGGAAAUACAUAAUGCCGCUCUUUUACAUUGCCAGUGGAUGGUUCAGAGAGGCGUUGCGUAUGGAUGCCAAACGGCAGUACCGCUACGAUGUUUUUAUUUCCUACAGCAGUAAGGAUGAGCGCUGGGUCAUGGAAAAACUUCUUCCAAACUUGGAGCAGCGUGGCCCUCCGUUCUUACGUCUCUGUUUACACGGUCGGGACUUUCAGUUGGGGCAAGACAUUGUGGAAAACAUCACAGACAGCAUCUAUGCAAGCCGCCGAACUCUUUGUCUUGUCAGCCGUAACUUCCUCCGUAGCACCUGGUGUACUUUGGAGAUGCAGCUGGGCACCUACCGGCUCCAGGUAGAACAGAGGGACAUUCUUAUCCUGGUCUUCUUAGAAAAAAUCCCCUCUCGCUUGCUAUCCUACCAUCACAGGUUGGCCCGGCAGGUAAAAACUAGGACCUAUCUGGACUGGCCAAUGGACAUUGAGAAGCAUGAGGAAUUCUGGGACAGGUUAUGGGGUAAAUUGAGCUCUGAUAAAAGUAACUAGACUUUAUUGUACACUGUACACAUUGAGAAACACAUUUAACCCUCAUGCGCUCGCAUGGACAUGUUUGUUCUUUUCAAGUUUGUUUUUGUCAUUUUGGUUGUGUUAAUACAAACUGCAUACAUUUUGGUGAAGGUGUGUGUAUUUAUCUGUAUUUUUGCUUUCAUAAAUGUUUUUUUUUUUAUGCAAAACAAACGCAGGUACUUCAUGACAAAAAAAUGUCCCUAUUGAAUACCAUUAAAACAGCAAAUUUGAAUCUUUGUGCCAUUCAAACAUAAAUCAUGCAUUCUGUAUAAAAAUGUUAUUUUUAAUGUGUAAAAUGUGUUUUUUACAGAGUUAAAUUUUUUUUUUUGAUAUAUAAGUUCAGAAGCCGGUAUGUAUUUAGAGCAUUGAUGCUGAAAAUAAAUAUUUAGUAGUUAUGCUCAGCUCUGAAUCUGGC